ACCCCAGGCAUCAAUCUCUUCGCUUUUGAAUGAAUUCCGUCUCCAGCCUGCAAUUCGUUGCAGAUUGGAGCUACUCACUGUCUAUCAAUCAUCGCCGAUGGCAAUGUCGUCCUCAAAGGUCCAUCCUCACUCCACCGACGCCGGCAGAUCGGAAUCUCCUGAUGUUCCUACGAAUACAGCACUGCAAGAAUCAGCUACAACUCCUGAAAUUUCACUGGUUAUUGACUCAUUGAAGCUGAAAGUUGAUGCUGAUCGUUGUGCUUAUAUCAUGAAAAGAAUGGAAGAGAACCGGAAUAAAUUGGCUGAAAUCACUAGGACCCACCACAAGUUGUCCACAGAAAGAAGAAACCUUGGGAUUAUUAAUGGAGAUAAGGUGGACAACUUAUUGACAAGGAGGCAGAAGGAAGCAAUUGAUAUGCAAAGUCGGGUUGACAUAAGCUUCGGUAGCAGCAGCAACUCUCAAGAAGAUGAAUAUGCUUCAGUAAUUCUCCUAGGAUCUGGCAUUGCUGUCAAGAAUUCUGUUCGGCCCAUCCAUCUUCCAAAAGUUGAGAAACUACCUCCUUAUACUACAUGGAUUUUCAUGGAUAGAAAUCAAAGAAUGACGGAAGAUCAAUCUGUAGUAGGUCGAAGAAGGAUUUAUUAUGACCGGAAUGGCGGGGAAGCUCUAAUCUGCAGUGACAGUGAAGAGGAGAUAAUUAAUGAUGAAGAAGACAAGAAAGAGUUUGUUGACUCUGAAGAUAACAUCAUCAGAAUGACCAUUGAAGAAGUUGGAGCAUCCGAUACUGUCUUUGAUUUACUGGCCCAGCGCUUGUCUAGAAAGCCUUGUGAAGUCAAGGCGAGACAUGAAGCUCUUUCUAGCAGACAGAAUGUCAUAGAAAGCUUUGACUUCAAUUCAUUUCUUGAUAAAGAUCUUGAAGCAGCUCAAGAUUCAUUUGACAACCUAUUCUGUCGCAGAUGCCUUAUAUUUGACUGUAAAUUACAUGGCUGCUCACAAGACCUUAUAUUUCCUGCUGAAAAGCUUACUUGGGAUGGCCCGGAUGAAGAAAGUGUCCCCUGUGGCCCACAUUGUUAUCUCCAGGUCCAAAAGUUGGAAGCGACACCUUCUAUGCAGCUCAAUACAGAACGAACCCCCGCCCUUUCAUCAGAUGCUAGUGGUGUUCUGGUAUCUAGGGGAAAAUCUAACGGCCCAUCUCUAAGGAGGAGGUCAAAGCCUUGCAAGAAUGGAAGUAUUGCAUCAAAUACUCAAAACGUAACAGAAAGCAGCGACUCUGAGACUAGGCCAGUUCAUGACGUGAUUCCUUAUCAUUCUCCAUUGCCACAUAAGAACAAACGUGGCGGAAAAUCUGGAACUCAUCAAAGAAAUAGCAAACAUGUUGCCAAUCAUGUCGUCACAGCCAUGAAGAGAACACAGAGGAAUGUGGCUUCUGAUUCUGAUUCUGUAGCGAGCGGAAGUCCUGGUUCAAGAGAUAGGGAGUUUUUAUCUAAUUCACUUAAAGAGAGCAAAGAAGCUAGCUCCUGGUCACCAAAGGCAAAAUCCUCAAGUAUGAGAAGGUCCAGGAGGAAAGACUCCUUGGUUCCUGAUGACCAUAAAUCUCUUCAGGUUCAAGUUCCCUAUCCUCUGGUGAAGAAAGAAGAUGUGAGUACUUGUAGAAAAGAAGUAACAGAUUUUAAAAGUUGGCGAACUUUGGAAAAGGCUCUUUUUGAAAAAGGUCUGGAGAUGUUUGGCAGGAACAGCUGUUUAAUAGCUAGGAAUCUUCUCGGUGGUCUGAAGACAUGUUCGGAGGUGUUUCAUGUCCUGAAGUGUUAUGAGAAUAAGCCAUCAUCUAAAGGAAGCGACAGCACAAAUUCUCUAGGUGAUGGCUGCAGGGUUGAUAGUAAUGAGAAUAUGGGUUUGGCACAAAGAAGAAGAUCAAGAUUCUUACGUAGAAGAAAUAGAGUUCGCCGUUUAAAGUAUACGUCCAAGUCUGCAGCGUACCAUUCAAUGAGGAAAAGGAUUUCUGAUAAAAAAGAUAUGCCUUGUCGUCAGUACAAACCUUGUGGGUGCCAAUCUGCCUGUGGAGACGAUUGUUCUUGCUUAAAAAAUGGGACUACUUGUGAAAAAUAUUGCGGAUGCCCAAAAACUUGCAAAAAUCGUUUUAGGGGAUGCCAUUGCGCUAAAAGCCAGUGUGGAAGUCGUCAGUGCCCAUGCUAUGCUGCUAAUAGAGAAUGUGACCCAGAUGUAUGCCGGCAUUGCUGGAUCAGCUGCGGUGAUGGUUCUCUUGGCACCCCUGGCCGAAAAGGCGAUAACUAUGAAUGCAAGAAUAUGAAGCUUCUCCUCAAGCAACAACAAAGGGUUUUGCUAGGAAGAUCUGACAUCUCAGGUUGGGGAGCUUUCUUAAAGAAUACUGUACCUAAACAUGAAUAUCUGGGCGAAUACACCGGAGAAUUGAUCUCACAUUACGAAGCUGACAAGCGGGGAAAAAUCUACGAUCGUGAAAAUUCUUCAUUUCUCUUCAACCUUAAUGACCAAUAUGUUCUUGAUGCUUGCCGCAAGGGUGACAAACUGAAGUUCGCCAAUCAUUCUCCGGUUCCAAAUUGUUAUGCAAAGGUUCUUAUGGUGGCCGGAGAUCACAGGGUUGGUAUAUUUGCUAAAGAAAGAAUCUCAGCUGGCGAAGAACUGUUCUACGAUUACCGUUAUGAACCUGACCAGGCUCCUGCUUGGGCAAAGAAGCCCGAGGACUCGGGUUCAAAGAAAGAGGACGCUGCGCCUUCUAGUGGUCGGGCCAAGAAGCUUGCUUAAGAUACAGAUACAAAUUUGCAUCAUUACUCCAAAAGAAAAAACGUGUGUUAGUUUUUUUACAUAGAAACAUCCUUUGCCGGUACUUUUGGCUGUUCCCUAAAUGGGGGAAUAAGUUCCUACAGGUUUGCAUUUCACCAAAAUGGGGGAAUAAGUUACCAAAGCUUGCAAGAAGAGAAGAUGCAAUUUGUAAGCUUUGCAAUCUUUUGGGUCAAUUUGGAUUAUGGUUUAUUACUUUUGGUUUUAUUUAAAUGGGAUUCUUGGUGCUAUUAUGCAGU